UGUAUGGAAAGGUACAAGGUCUUGCUCCCAGUAUCUCUGUUAUUUUCUCGUUCAUUUACCACACAGUAAUUGCCCGCUCUCCCAUCUUGUAUCAUCACCGGUCACGCUUUCAACAUCAUCAAUACCGCUCCAAACAUGGAGAAAUCCAGCACUAUUCAAGGCAAGCCAAAUUCAGAGCCAACAGUCGCCCUAGAAGAACCCGCACUAAUCUUCGAGUUCUUCGAGACCCUUCCUGCAGAACUCCAAGCCAGCAUCAUCAGAUACGCUUGGAAUAAUGCAGUACAUGCAUCGCCACGACACCUCCACGCUGACACCAAAUUUUGCCAAGUCUAUUCUGUAGUCUCUGCAUCAGCAGCAAGUACAUUAGCAGCAAGUAUACCUUCCCCAGUACAUUACAGAGUCUCUCCCUCUGUCAACCACGACAUCAACUUGCACUUGACUAGCAAGUUCUUCGACGCCGAGUGCAAGUUCCUGGCUGCGCCGCAUCUUCUCCACCUCCCUGUUUCCACCUCGGAGGGAACUAAAUCGAAGGGAACCAAAGCAAAGGAAUCAAAACCUCUCCUCUUCAUCCCAGACGUAGACACCCUACACAUCAACACCAAAGGCGAAAUAACCCACAAAGACACCGUCCUCCAUGCUUUUGCCGCCUUGCCCAAACCCCUCCGCGACACCGUCAAACAUAUCGACACUGACUACACAGACGCACAGGACCGACGCGAGCUGUGCGAUCAGAUAAGUCGCGGAGGCGGUCCAUCGAGCAUGGUCCGCGAAAUGGAUGCGCCGAGAUUAGAAACCGUGACUAUCUCGGUCUGUAGCUAUAUCCUAAGGGAUAGUAGAUCUCUUGUGUUGCUAAUUUCUGGGAAGGAGGGGCAGAGAGUGGAGAUGAAGGUUGUGGCAGUGAAUAUACGGAAGGGGAUGGGAUUUUGGGGUAGGAUGGUUGGAUAAACAAUUGCGGUGAGGUUAGGCGUGGCGGAUACGUUGUAUGAUUCCACCAAGUAUACAUACCAAAUGCUACAA